UAAAAAUUGGAGAGUAAAUUCGAAUUCCAUUUCCCGCUCAUUCGUGAUUGAAAUUUCAAUGUUUCUGCUUACUGGCUAUCUCGUUCAAACGAGUGGCAGUGGAGCAGUGUCAUUUCUGAGGCGUUGCCGGGUUACUGGCUUAUUCAUUGAUUGUGCAGAAAAGGUGUGACGACCUAAUUUCACUUUAAAAGGUUACUUUCUUCAGAAUGAACUCCUUGGACUCUAUUAAACCUGAUGCUGUGCAGAGUCUAGACCUAGAGGGUAUACUGUCGCUUGCUGAUGAUCUCAGUCGAGUUCUUGACACUGCUAGAGAUUUUUCUGUGUUAGCUGAAGUACAACAAGAAAUAAGCGAUCUCAAAUCUGUUGUUGAGGAGGACUUGUCAGAAGUCCAAACAGCCUUGAAAGGCAUUGAGGGCAAAGUACUUGUGCAUGAAAGGGAAGUGGAGUCUGCAAAGAAGGAGGGAGUAGCAGAUGAAAAAUUGCAAUCCUUACACACUGAAUUGGAAAGAGAGCAGCAAUAUGAGCAUCAAUUAAUGCAAGAGCUUAGAGUCAUUGAAGACGAGAUGGAUAGGUUGGAAUUGGAGCGAUCUCGCAUAGAAAGCCACAAGGAAGCAGUGAACAAAGCCAAAAAAGAAGAAAUAAGAGCACAGAGUGAACUUUCUUUGUAUGCAUCUAUUUCAAGAAUCAUUCCAGAUUUAAGUGCAAUGGACAAGUACAUGGGUCAUAUUGUAGACAGGGAGAAACAAAAAAUAGAGAAGUUUGAGUUUGAUAGGACAAAGAUGUCUUGCGUUGAGAUAUGUAACAGACUUUGGGAGAUGGCUGACUCUUAAAAAUGAACAUGGUUAGCUGUAUAAAAUUGGAAAAGCAAUAUUUUUCCAAGUUUUGUAAAUGGUGGAAACAUAAUUAUCUGUAGUGCCCAUUUGUUAUAUAUGGGGAACUGGACUUAGCAGAAUAACAACAGCAUCGAGAAAUUCUUUGUUUCUUUUUAACUUGUUUUCUUUUGGUAUAUAUCUGGGGAUAUUUUCUCCCCUUCGUUUU